UUUUUUUCUAUUUGAGGUGCCGCCUUGUAACGACCUUUUUCUUUUGGAUACUUUUUUUUAUUUUUAUUUUUAAAAUAUAAAUAGCAAUGCUCUACGUGGUUGGACUUGGAUUAUCAGAUGAAACCGAUAUUACUGUCAAAGGUUUAGAGGCCGUCAAGAAUAGUGAACGUAUUUAUUUAGAAGCAUAUACUUCCAUUUUGACUGUUGGCAAAGAAAAAUUGGAAGAAUACUAUGGUAAACCUGUAGUAGUUGCUGACCGUGAAAUGGUAGAAUCUGAAAGUGAUAUUAUUUUGGCCAAUGCUGAUAAAGUGGAUGUUAGUUUCUUGGUAGUAGGCGAUCCUUAUGGGGCCACUACACAUACUGAUUUAGUAAUUCGCGCAAGAGAAUUGGGUAUUCCUGUACAAGUGAUCCAUAACGCUUCUAUCAUGAACGCGGUAGGUGCAUGCGGACUUCAAUUAUAUAACUUUGGACAAACCAUCUCUAUUGUAUUCUUCACGGAAACAUGGCGACCAGACAGUUUCUAUGAUCGUAUACGAGAAAAUAAAGAAUUAGGAUUACAUACUUUAUGUUUAUUGGAUAUCAAGGUCAAGGAACAAAGCAUCGAAAACAUGGCACGUGGACGUAGGAUUUAUGAACCUCCAAGAUACAUGACCAUCAAUCAAGCAGUGGAACAAUUAUUGGAAAUUGAAGAUAAUCGAAAGGAAGGUGUAUGUGGAUCAAAUCGUCUGGCUAUUGGAUGUGCUAGAAUUGGGACCAAAACACAACAAAUCGUUGCUGGUACUUUGGCUGAAUUGGAACAAGUUGACUUUGGAGGACCUUUACAUUCCUUGGUCUUGAUUGGUGAUCGUAUGCAUGAAAUGGAAGCUCAAUUUAUUCGUGAUUAUGCCGUCAACCCUGUUACUUUUGAUGCCAUUGUGAAAGAGCAUUAUCAUAUAUAAACUUUUUUUUUUAUUUUACUACCACUACUACUUUUACUGUUACUAUUACAACAACAACAACAACAUCAACAUCUUAUCAUCCAUCAUAUAUCACUUAUUAUCUUAGAACUGUUUAAAUUUAGAUUCAUUCACAUUAUUAUCAUCUUGCCUUUUUUUUUUUUUUUCUUGUAUCAUCUUAUUCAUUGGGUUUCAUUUCAGAUACCAUAUGUGUCACUUUUUUUUUGGUUUCUCAAUAAAAUAAUUUCUUUAUUUUUUU